UUUUCCAAGUUACUGCCCGACUUAACCACCGACGCUGAGCAUGUUUGUAAACCUAGCAGUAACAGUAGACUGUCAUCCGUAGGUUCCAUCCUUGGUUCUAUUGUCAUCACCACACUUUACCCUUCGACUGGUACUGCUCUGUGGCAGCAUCACGAAAAAUCUUUAACAGGAGCUGCAUCCAAGCAGUGCAUCAUGGGCCGCUUAGAUGGGAAAGUGAUUGUGUUGUCAGCCGCUGCGCAGGGGAUUGGACGUGCUGCUGCAAUAGCUUUUGCAAAGGAGGGGGCUCAAAUCACUGCAACUGAUAUUAAUGAGGAGAAGCUCAAGGAACUGGAUAGUAUUCAAGGGAUUAGGACCAAGGUGGUGGAUGUGACCAAGAAGGACCAAGUGGAGGCCCUGGCAAAGGAACAUGACCACAUAGAUGUCCUGUUGAAUGUCGCAGGGUUUGUGCACCAUGGCUCCAUCUUGGACUGUGAAGAGGCCGACUGGGAUUUUACCAUGGAUGUGAACGUCCGGAGCAUGUACCUUAUGUGCAGAGCUUUCCUGCCCAAGAUGUUGGCAAGAAAGUCUGGAAACAUCAUUAACAUGGCAUCUGUUGCAUCAAGCAUAAAAGGUGUGGUGAACCGGUGUGUAUAUAGCACCUCCAAGGCAGCCGUGAUUGGCCUCACCAAAUCUAUAGCUGCUGAUUUCAUUGAGCAAGGCAUUCGCUGCAAUUGUGUUUGUCCUGGUACUGUUGACACUCCAUCACUGAGGGGUAGGAUCCAAGCUCAACCUGACCCAGAAAAGGCUUAUACGGAUUUCAUGGCAAGGCAGAAAACAGGCAGGAUGUGCACAGCCGAAGAGGUGGCAUACCUGUGUGUAUACCUGGCCUCAGAUGAGUCGGCCUAUGUGACUGGCACAGAGCAAAUCAUCGAUGGAGGUUGGAGGCUUUAAAGAGCAUUAAGCAAGGUUGUCCUAUUAGU